CAAACAUUUCUCUAUUCUUAAAAGUUAAAACCACAAAAAAAACUCUUCUUUAGUCAUCGGGGUACAUUAUGACUUUGAUCAUUAUUUCAUUAAUAUCGACUAUAAUUUUUUUCUAAUUCAAAAGCAAGGAUAAAAAGAAGACCAUGGGAAUGCAAUCAUUGUCGUUGUAAUGCUGAAGCAAGACUCAAUGGGGUCUUCUGUCGGACAUCCCUUCUAAGGGCUAUUGCCCUUCUUAGUUCAUGAUUUGUCAGUAGAUAGAACAGUUCUUGUUCAAUUACCCUUACUUUUCAAGUGUUGUUUUUCAUUUUUGCAGAAUGGUGUUAGAGGAUUCAUGCUCGAUAUGUAUGAUUUCGAGAAUGAUAUCUGGUUGUGUCAUUCCUCUGGAGGAAUAUGCCUCAACAUAACAGCUUUUCAACCUGCAAUUAAUAUUCUGAAGGAAAUUCAGGUAUUUCUUGCAGCGAACCCAUCAGAAAUAGUCACCAUUAUCAUUGAGGACUACGUUACAUCACCAAGCGGCCUAACAAAAGUGUUUGAUGCCGCUGGUCUAAGGAAAUUCUGGUUUCCUGUGUCUCAAAUGCCCAAAAAUGGUGGAGAUUGGCCAACAGUUGAUGACAUGGUUCAAAGGAAUCAACGUUUACUGGUUUUCACUUCAAAGUCAGACAAGGAGGCUUCUGAAGGAAUAGCAUAUCAAUGGAGAUACAUGGUAGAAAACCAAUAUGGAAAUGGUGGAAUGAAAGCCGGGUCAUGUCCGAACCGUGCAGAAUCACCUACUAUGAACACAGCAUCGAGGUCACUGGUUUUAGUGAACUACUUUCCCAAUUUACCAGACUUAUUUCAAGCCUGCAAGUACAAUUCUGCUCCUUUGAUUAGCAUGGUCAACACAUGUUAUGAAGCAGCCGGUAAACGGUGGCCUAAUUUCAUUGCUGUCGACUUCUACAAGAGGAGUGAUGGUGGGGGUGCGCCAGAGGCUGUAGAUGUGACGAAUGGUCAACUAGUUUGUGGAUGCAAUAACAUUGCCCUCUGCAAGGCAAAUAUGACUUUUGGAGCAUGUACGUGAGGUAUAUUGAAUGCAAUGUGACGUUAAUGCGUCUAUGAUUGCUCAAGCAAAGUAGUCUCGUAAGGUGCGUAGGUUGGCUUAAAAACACCAUGAGUGUCGAAACCAAAAUAAACACUAGGGUUCCUCAUACAAAAUUUUUUUCCCUAGUUUGUAACAUCCCUCACCCUUAACAAAAGUCAUAAAAUAAUUAAGGCUUGAGAAGAUGAUCCUUGAAACUUGAAAAUUGAAAUCGUGCGUUAAGCCUUUUCUUUAUCAUGUAAUGCAUCUAAUUCCAUGAGUAUAAUGGUUAGUCUGGGCUUAUGCAGCAAACAGC